UCGGUGACGUCAAAGUUUGAGUGCCUGGUGGGAAGGAGGGUGCAAGAGAAAGCCCUUGGGGUCAUCUGAUUGGCGGAGAGGCCUGCCUGUCAUGCUGCCCUAUUGGCGAGGAUGGUAGGAUUAAGGAGGAAUUGCACUUGCCACUCUUGGCCAUUUGGCUUGCUUCUUCCUUGGCUGCCAUGGGACUGGAAGCCAAGCCCCAUGUCGUCUCCCACCCGUAUUGGCCUCGAAAUUUGGAGCUCCCGCACUACAUCCCAAAUGACCGACCCAUGUGGCAGAUCUUGGCUUUCCUCUUCUCAGUCUCAGGGGCCCUCCUGGUAGUGACUUGGUUGGCAGCCGGCUGGCGUUGCAAGACGGCGGCUUCUUGGGGAACCUGGCGCUCCUUGGCGGUCUGCUGGUUUGCCAUCUGUGGCUUUAUUCACGGUGUCAUUGAAGGAUGGUUUAGCCUCUACUACAUGGAAAUCCCUGGGGACCAAUCCUUCCUCUCCCAGCUAUGGAAAGAAUAUGCCAAAGGUGACAGCAGAUAUGUCAUAGCGGACAAUUUCACAGUUUGCAUGGAAACAAUCACAGCCUUUGCUUGGGGCCCUCUCAGCCUCUGGACAGUGCUAGCUUUUCUUUCAGGCCAGUCUCACCGAUUUGUGCUGCAGCUGGUGGUGUCAUUAGGCCAGCUGUAUGGAGAUAUUCUCUAUUUCUACACAGAGUAUCGGGACGGUUUCAGCCACAGCGAGAUGUGGCACCCAAUUUAUUUCUGGUUUUAUUUUGUCUUCAUGAAUUCACUGUGGAUUGUCAUUCCCUCUGUUCUCAUUUUGGAUGCCUGGAAACAUCUUAGCGCUUCCCAGAGGAUAAUGGAUGCUGGCAAGUUCAAGAAGCACUGACCACCCUCCACAAUGGGGUCAGAACAGACCAUUAGUCCAUUUGGGCAGUAUUGAAUUCUUUCAGAGGGUUGGAUAGCUGCAUCCUGUUCCAUGUCUAGGUUUGUCUCCUUCCUUUCCCUCCUCAGCUCCUCGAGGGUCCUUUGCCAACUUCUAAAUAGACCCAGUUGUGGGGAACAGCACCAUCCAUGGCCAUUAUUCGCCACUGAUGUCUUAAGAGGUAGUCCAAACACAGGGAUGGGCAACUGUGGCUCUCCAGAUAAUUGUUGGAUUACAGUACAUUUCCAGAUUACAUUGUGGGUUGAUCAGACAUGUUUUUGAGCCAUAUCAUGCCAUGAUGUUAUAGAAUCUUAGUCCUGCUAUUGCCUCAGUCUACUCUCUUCUGUUGCUGUUCUCCUGUGGAAGAUAAUUUGGAAACUGUUUUUUUUAUUAACACAGAAAUAAGCAUUGAUGACCUCCUUUCCUGCUUAUGCUGUGCUAUGAUUUCCUGUGCAAAAGUUCACUUGUGCUUUUAUGCUGAUUUUGGGUGUGCUAUGGGUAUGUUUUAGGUGCCCUUUGCUUACCAGUGAUCAGAGAGAAGACGGGGUGGAAACCAAGAAAGGAAAACUUGGCUCACUGUCUCCUCCACCUUGCCUCCUUUUGCCAGCAGAGUAGUCUAGUUCUUAAGUCUUUUUGUCUUUCUCCAACACACACACAGGUUCAGACUUGAUUAAUUAAUUGAUGGCAGGUUAAUUGCUGCUUUAGAUGAUGGCUGUCAUCUUCCAGUGAUAAAUCUAUCCCAAAUCAUGAAGUUCUUUCCCUCCACAAGGAAAAAAAAGACUUUCAAAUGUAAGACUGCUUUUAUUUUAUAUUUGAGUGUAUGUGUGCAUGUGAACACACACACACACACACACACACACACACGUGUGUGUGUGUGUGUGCGUGCGCGCCAAUCUAGGAAAAGGGAUGGUACUGGGGGGCAGUUCUAAAUGCUGUGUCUGAUAAAGUUUAGUAACAAUCACAGCUAUGGUGCUGGAAAGAUUACAAAGGUGUGAUAGGGAAGAGUAGACUCCCAACUGCAUAGUGCUUUUGAAAAUGUUAUUUUAGUAGGAGAAGAGACUAGUGCAAUAAGGACCUUUGUUGCCUCACUAGAAAGGUUGAACAAAUACGAAACCUCAAACCUAUUCUUAAUACCUCAAACCCAGGAUCAAUAAAACAACAUUUUUAGGUCAUGGCGGCCCUCCAGAUGUUGUUGGACUGAAACUGACAUCAGCUCUGUCCCACAGAGCUAACAGCGAAGGCUCAUGGAGGUUAACAGUCCAAUAUCACUUGGACACACACCCAUUGACCCCACUCCAAGGGUGCAAUCCUGGGAGUAAGCCCCUUUGGACUUCCUAGGUCUUCUGAGUAAAGCAUACAGUAUGAUUGUUUUUGUGAAACAACCCUUGCAGUCCAAUCCUGAGCUCAAAAAGUGGUGAUUUGUAGGCUGCAUAUGAGGUCCUGUUUCUUUCCUAGUUCUAGAGCUAUGACUUUAAGAUGGGUUGGGGUAUGUUGUAUAUAAUCUUCAUAGCACUAUUGUUUAACAGAGACCUGUGCUAUGGACUUAACAUAGGAAGCAUUCCCUAUACCACCUCCUCCCAGAUUUAAACUCAAAUCAGGAGACAGAACACCACUCCAUCAUCUCAGUGGAUGUGUGCAUUACUCUAGCCUUCUGUCAAUGGAAGUUCAGUCUUGCAGCCGUUUCUUUCACUCCAAGGAAGAAAUCUGUCAUCUGCUUGGGGCCAAGACUCUUUGGCAGUUGAACUCAGCAUAUGCUUUUUAGGAAUGGAAAUAGCUGAGAUGAGCAACAAAAAUGGCACAGCAGACCUGGAUGGCUCAAUUCUACUCACCAGGAACUGUGAGGGCCCCUUAGAUAAUGGUGUGGUCAAGGUGCUUAGCCACAAAAUGUUUUAUCGGCAACACAAAAUCUGCCAUCAAAAAUAUAGAGCUGAAGUAUGUUUCUAUAUCUCUUCCCAUUCUCCAGUAGUGCAGUUCAGUCCCACAAAUCAUCACUCACAAUUUCAAAAUAAGUGACUUGAAUAGUUCUUUAUGUGGAAAUUAAAUCAUUUUUUAACAAAAAUAAACCAUGUCCAACUGCU